UCGCGCUACCAGUCUCAAAGACACAUUCGUCAUUCAUCCGCAAGAACACUCCCCGUCCGCACACAUCCAAUCCCAAUCGUCACCAUGCAGCUUCUUAACAGCUUAAUCCUCUUCUCUGCCGCCGUAGCUGCAGCCCCCGCCCCAUCGACAUCGGCUUGUUCAAGCGUUGGUGACCCUAAAGAAUACGCGCAGUGUAUCUACAACUGGAUUAAACGGGAUGUAGCUUCAGGGGAUGCCAAGUCCGCCUGUUCUGCAGAGACCGACCCCAAGGAGUACAGUCAAUGUAUCUACAACUGGAUCAAGAAGCGUGACACCUCAGCCCAGGACCAGCAAUCAGCCUGUUCCGCCGACAGCGACCCGAAGGAAUAUAGUCAAUGCAUCUACAAUUGGAUCAAGCGCGACACCUCAGCUCACGAACACAGUUCAGCCUGCUCUGAUGAGAGCGACCCUAAGGAAUAUAGCCAGUGCAUAUACACCUGGAUAAAGCGAGACACCAGCCAUGUUUCUGCGGAUGCCACAUCCGCUUGCUCUGCAGAAAGCGAUCCCAAGGAGUACAGCCAAUGCAUCUAUAACUGGAUCAAGCGUGAUACCUCAGCCACCUCAGCUUGCUCUGCGGAGAGUGAUCCCAAGGAAUACAGCCAGUGUAUAUACAACUGGAUCAAAAAGCGCGACACCUCGGCACAGAGCGAGCAAUCAGCUUGCUCUGCAGACAGCGACCCUAAAGAGUAUAGCCAGUGCAUUUACAACUGGAUUAAGCGAGACGGAGCACACUAGAUAACGAGCGGUAGCUAAAUACCAAUCUGACAUGGCAAGGAAUAUGCCAUAACACGAAUAGGCGGUAGGAGACUCUUGAACCCCUGAAUGUGGGGAAAGGACAGAAAGUUGCAGUGUUUCCAAAUUUGUGUCAGUCAUUGAAUGUGUGCUUGGUCUGAUAUGGUGGACUUACAGGUUUCCUUCUUGAUGUUUAGGUCAUGAUCAUACUUACUACCUAGUAUUUUAUCGUAGCAACGAAUUGAAUACCUCCGCUCUUUUUGUUUUCUAA